CCAGGUCUCUGUGAGGACAUCCAGGGGUGAACAGGGCCAAACCAUGUCCAUGAGGGCUUUGGGGAAGCACCAGAAGGACAACACUCCCGGCAGGAGGGGCCUUCCUGUGCUCCUCACCCCCCAUCCUAAUUAACGGCCCAAAUUCUAUCAGAGGGCGAUCUCGGGGAUGCCUGAGACAGCCCAAAACCCCAGGGUGCCACCAGGAAAUGUGACGGGCGCUGUGACAGCAGCAGAGCCACCACGAUGAGCAGCCAGCAAUGGGUGAUGGAGAAACACCCAGGGACGAGCCCGGCCACCACCCAGCCACCCCACCCCAGAGCAAAACUGCGAGAAGAGGCCUCGCAGCCAAUGGCAAAGGGGUGAUUCUUGCACAGAAACUCGCACAGGACUUUGGUAAGUGUGAGCAUCAUCCUGUGUGGUUUGCUGGUGGCCACAACCCAACCCAAAAUAGACUCAGCCCCAGCAUCACUAGUGCUCCCACACUUUCCAGCAGCCCUCGGGUGUCACAGUGGCCAAAGGGGCUGUGAGGAGGAAUUUCCCUUCACCACUUGCCCUUCAUGGAGAGAUCCCAGCGGUUCUUUCCACGGGGAAGGCCCGGAGCUGUCAUGGAAAGCCUAGCAGGAGUUAUAUAUUACCCAGGGGUGCAGGCAGGAGGGCAGCGAGCUCUUGGUGGCUGGAGCAGAGUCAGAGCUGCUGGUGCUGACAGAGCCUCAGGUGGGACAUGAAGAUCUCCUUGGCCCUGCUCGUCCUGCUGCUGGCAGCUGCCUGGGCUGGGAGGCCGGGGAUGUCCUUCCGCAGCUCCAAAGUCAUGUGCUGCCCUAAGGAAAAGUUCUCCCGUGGGAGGAUCCCUGAGGACAAAAUCCUGGAAUACCACUACACGUCUCCCACCUGCACCCACAAAGCUGUUCUCGUGACGAUGCCGAGGGGGAUGGUCUGUGUGGACCCAGAGGAGAAAUGGUUCCAGAAGUACCUGAGGAAGCAGAAGAAGCCAAACAGCACCUCCAAGUGAAGCUGCCUUCCCCAAAAGCUCUAUUUAUUUGUACCCCAUAAUUCUCUGUGCCUUCUUGUGUCACUCAUUAAUUUAUGGAGCUGGCUCCGUCCCCUCCCUUGUGGACUCAAUAAACCCUCUCGUGCUGACCUGCA